CAUUGGAAAAUGAAAGUCUGUAAUUCAAGUUAGGGACAAAGGUCUAGCAGAAAUGGGAAUGAAGUACAGAAUCUAAAGAAUAUAUCUUGGAGGUCUGCUCGUCAGAGUUGCACAUGAAGUCUUCUCCUAUCUCCAGCUCCAUGUGUUCCUUCUGUUCUGCUGUUUGGAUCUUGAUACUUCUGCAGAUCUCACAUGUAGCAGGUCACUUUUCAAUCAAACCACCAAAAAAUCCUAUAAUUGGAUACCUUGAAAUGGAAGUAAUUCUCCCAUGUCAAAUAGAAACCCUGAAGCCACUCACAGACACCAAUAUCAAUGUUCAGUGGAUCUUGGAUAAAUCAUCCCAAAAAAUUGAAGUGAAAAACUAUCAAGGUGCAACCGAGGAUAAAAGAUAUCAAGGUCGAACACAGCUGUUUGAUUCUGAGUUUAAUAAAGGGAACAUGUCCCUGCUUUUGAGGAACAUUCAUCUCUCUGACCAAGGACUAUAUACCUGUAUCAUAUCCUCUCAAAAGUGGUAUGAUGAAGCAGUGGUUGAGUUGGUUUUAGCAGCAAAUGGAGGCGAUCCCACCAUUACCUUGGCAGAUUACAAGGGCCAAGGUAUUGGACUCACCUGCAGCUCUGAGGGGUGGUAUCCAAGACCUCAGGCUCUCUGGCUGGACAGCAGAGGGGAAAACCGGACAGAGAAGUCAGCCAUAGCAAACACAGAGGCUGUGGCGGGAAUCUUUCAGGUCUUUGGUUCCAUUACACUUGAGCCAGGAGUGGAUAAUGAAGUCUCCUGCAAAAUCAUCAACAACCUGGUAAAGAGCGAGCGAGAAUCCCGAAUCCUCAUUUCUGAUGCUUUUUAUCCGACUUCUUCCCCUUGGAUUGCACCCUUCAUAAUCAUUUUAGUGCUUUUUGGUUGCCUCAUUGCUUUUCUGGCAUAUAAAUGGAGACAGAGCUUGCAGGAAGUAUCUCAGUUUGAAAAAGAAACAAGUCAAAAGAAACGUGAAAGAGUUUGUGAAAAAGAGGCCAUUGAAACGGAGAAGUGCACAUUUCAAGCAGCUCUUGCUGACAUCCAGGAGCGUCAAGAACGACUGCAAAGUGAAUUAGGUAAGCUAGAAUACUUUUGAUAAAACAUUUAAAAGACAAUUAUUGAUUUCUAU